CAUUGAUGUAGGGGCCCUAUGUCGAAGCGUAGCGUAAGUGUGAUACUUGUUCAAAAUCCGUCGAAUGAUAGCAAUAGAAGAGAAAACAUCCGUGGACAUUCUGAAACAAGCGAGAUGGUAGAAACGCUGGCGAGACUACAAAGGCAAGCGUUACCACAGCUGCAUCAACAUUUCAGCAAAAAAUUAGCUGAAUUCUGUGAAGUCUUUAGAACUCCAUGGUAAACUAACUCUCAUAAUUGAGAGUGGUUAAGAGUGGCAAGUGCUGUGUAAGUGUGCAUUUCAGAAGUCUUCAUACGGAAAUAAUGUCAUCCUCUCCGAGGAAACCAGAAAAUAGCCCGACAUUAUCUCUGGGAAAUACCAUCUCUGUGGAGAAUGCAGCUGACACCAGUGUAAACACUCAAAUAAUGCAGAAGAAAAUUAACAUGUCUACAAAUGAAAGAACAGGGAUAAUAUGCGGUGAUGAAAUCCCAAAACAUGUCGAAUGGGGAGAAGCUGGUAAUAAAAUUAAAAGGUCACUGAGUGACCAGUCUAUUGAGUCUAGUUCUAGCAGUGACAGUAGUGACUUUCCACCAGCACCAGAUGGUGGUUGGGGCUGGGUGAUCGUCCUGUCUUCUUUCCUGACACACCUGGUGGCAGAUGGUACAGCAUUUUCUUUUGGCAUCCUGUACGUUGAGAUGUUGCAGAUGUUUCAGCAAGGAAGUGGCAAGACCGCAUUUGUUGUUUCCAUGUAUGUGUCGAUCCCUCUGCUUGCAGGCCCAAUCGCCAGCCCUAUCGUAGAGCAGUACGGAUGCAGGAACGCAAUGAUAGGUGGCGCUCUCGUAACCAGCUGCGGAUUCAUUCUGAGCACGUUUGCGCCCAACAUAGAGAUGCUGUGUGUGACAUUGGGUUUGAUUUCGGGGCUUGGGCUUGCACCAAUCUAUAUAGCUGCUAUCGUAUCCGUGGCAUUCUACUUUGAAAAGAAGCGUUCGCUAGCAACAGGACUAGCGACGUGUGGCAGUGGCAUUGGCUGCUUCAUUUUCGCACCGGCGACGAAAUGGCUUCUUGAAAAGUACGGCUUUCACGGUACGCUGCUACUACUUGGUGGUAUCUACCUCCAUCUCUGUGUAGCUGGAGCGCUGAUGCGUCCCUUGGAGUGGAAGGAAAGUGAAGACAGUGACAAAAAUUUUAACAUCAAUGGGAGUUCGUCACACAGUUCCGUUACAGCUCCUGAACUCCUAGCCACUUCACAGAUUCGUAACCGGAGUGUUGAUGCAUUGGGUCUGUCGCAAAGCAGUAACAUAGAUGGAAGAAAAAAUUUAGUUGAUGGACGCAUUGAUGAGAUGGGGGGCGAUGAUGACAUUAAACCUAGUAUGGCAGGCUGUGACACUCCACAGACCCCUCAGCUGGAUGAGCAUAGUUUCUCUAUGAUAGAAUUUCCUUUUUUCUCUAACGAGUCACAGUUGCACGACUUAACCCAAGGCUCUUUCUCACAGAGUCUUAAUAAAGAGUUGGAAAGACCUACGUCGCUAACGCACGAUGCUGCAAUAGAGGAGAAAGGAAUGGAGAGGAAUGUGUCUUUCAAUGGCCGGCAGAGCGUGAGGAGUUUAUCGCAGUGCAAUAUAACCGUGAACCCGCUAACAGAAAAUUGUGGGCUGCCUUCUAGCAGUAAAGUCGAAGUGUGUAGCGACGACAGCACGGUUAGCGUGAGUGCGCCAAUUAAGCACGUCCAAAUUAGUCGUGCGCUGUCUAUUGACCACUCCAGCAAAUCACUAGGCAACGACACGAUCAUACAAAAGAAUUGGCUUCAUCCAAGCUGCGAUAGUGAAUGUCACAUGGAAACCUGCUGCCAGCUUGGUACCUGCAGCUGCGUGGACCAGUCACAUGUAGUCCCGGAAAUGUCGCAGAGUCAGCCUGAAUUAGAUUUGCCUCUCCUACCUGCCGAUCUGAACGCAGGUGAAGCGGAUGCAGGCACAGAGCGUGAGGACUCUGAUCUGUGGAGUGCCAGCAUGCCGGAAUUGAAGGUGAGCAGCGCGCGUGAUGACAACGUGAACUCAGACACAAUGGUGACGAGGAGCCUGGUUCACAAGCGAUCCCACCGUUAUCAUCAUCACCACAGCUGUCCGCAUUACCACGCAGCAUCGAGGAGGGCAGUUGGCGUGAAGCCGACCCCAGCUCUGGGUCGAGUGCUGAAUAUUCAUCACCCCCCUGCCAGCAUGAUAACGUUUCAUCACCAGCCACUGUCAACACUUCAUUGGAAUCGACGUACUGGCUCUCGACCUUGCCUGAUUACCCGACCUCGUUCCGCGUCUGCGCUUAGAGGAAAGACGGGGGGAAAGCCAAGCCCUGCGGUGGAUCAAGUAGAUGCUAAUAAACAGAGACAUCCGACAAGGCAGAGCUCAUGCUUGGGGAAAUUAAACAGGAAGAAGGCAUGUAGCUGCCCUGAACUAAAUAUCAAGAAUUUGUCGAUGCUUUCCAUUGAACCACCCCGCAGCAGUUUCAAAGUCGACGCGCUGUGGCUGUACGUCGGCGCGAUGGCGGCGUGCGGCGUGGCGACGGCGCUCGUGCCCGCGCUCGCAGCCUCCUACCCGCUCCUGCUCGCCUACUGCGCCACGUUCGGCUUCUGCAUCGCCGCCAACUAUGCGCUCACGUCGAUCCUCCUCUGCAAGGGCCUUGGCAUGUCGAAGUUCACGGCAGCCUACGGGAUCAUCUGCCUCGGUCAGGGCAUCUCGAACCUGCUGGGACCGCCGCUAGCAGGUUUCCUGUAUGACCUGACUGGAAACUAUAACCUUUCGUUCUACAUGGCCGGUAUUUGGAUCGCGAUAUCCGGGUUGCUGUUGCUCUUCAUGCCGCUAGCAGAGCGCUGGGAUGUUUCGCGUGGGUGGGCGAUCCCUUCACUGGAGGCUGCUACAGACUGUGGGAAUACCAGCGUGCAGCCGAGAGAGACGGAGAUGUGAUAGCAUUGGCAGCUGUCCAGGGACGUGGUGCCGACCAUGUGUAAGGAAUUUCCAUUUCUUUGCUUCAAGGUUGCCUUGGUAGCUUGCUGUGCUAGCUUGCUGUAUGCUCUCUGAUCUGUGAUAUAAGUUACUCGGUUGUUUGUUUUAACGUUCCUUUGUCCGUCUCGCAUGUUAACUCUCCACGAGAGGUUUUUUAAAG